AUGGCUUUGUUUUUCACCGUGGUUAUCGCAUUGGUUUGCUUGUGGGUUAUGUAAGUUCAUUUUUUGCAAAAGCACACUGUAAAACGAUUAGUGAUGCAAAAAGAUACGUUUGACAAAAAAAAGUUUUACCUAAUUAUUAAAAUUUAAAAAGCUGAUCAGAGACAAACCAAGAUAAUUAGCGAUUUUCAUAAAUAAACAACAAUAAUAAUCAAAGAAACUUACGUUAACAAUUUCCAAAAGGCUAUAAAGCUGGGUAAUUUGGUUUCUAAACAUCGGUAAUGAGCUCGCGAUCGUCAAGAAAUUGUCCAAAAUGUUACUUUAACUAUUUUUAGUUUUGGGUGUCAAGACUUGCUUUUAUUGUAGCAGACUUGACCCAAAACAAGAUUUUGUCAACGAUAACAAUAUUUUUUCAUUUUCUGGAUUGAAUACGUUAUCCAGGCCUUAUUAAAAAUAAUAUAAUAGACCAUUACUAAGUUUAUUAUCACUUUAGACACGCCAUAUACCACUCUUACUAUUGGCGUCGUCGAAAUGUACCUGGACCUAAAUCCUACCCGAUCGUUGGCAAUUUGCUUGAAGUUGGAUGGAAUAGCAUCUGCUACACGCAAAUGUUAACUGACUGGUCCAAGAAAUACGGUGGAUAUUAUGGUUUACAGAAAGGAGCUGUAAAUUUAUUGGUGGUUAGCGACCCAAAGCUAGUCAAGGAGGUACUGGUCGAAAAGUUUAAUGUUUUUCACGAUCGACGAGUAAGUUAUAACAUUUAUUUCGAUCAUCUGAACUUUGAAACGAAUUAAGCGAUGGUUUAGACUGCAAGGUACACAUUACUUUUGGAUAUAUAAGGUGUUAUUGUAAUUAAAACCUUCAGAUGCCACCAUGCUUCGGAGAACACGCAAAUUUGGACAAGUCUGAUGUGUUUUUUGCUUCUGGCAUAAGAUGGAAGAGGAUUCGAACUCUUAUAAAUCCGCUGUUUUCUUCGAAAAAUCUAAAAAGAGUAAGUUUUGGAUAGUUUAUAUUGCUUUAGGUAAUAUUUUUAAAUUUGAAACGAUAAUUUUAUUGAAAAAAAUGUUUUAGUUAAUCCCGAUGAUCCAAGAUUCAGCAGAACAUAUGAUUGAACACAUUGAGAAGCGCAGUAAUCCUCAUCAGUCAGUGGAUAUCAAGCCGUAAGAUAAUAUAAUUAACUUUUUUAUAACUAUCGUCUUCAGAAGCCUGGUAUUACUACAAAAAAGUAAUUUAGUUAUCGAAAGUUUACUGAAAGUAACCAGUGUUUUUUAGAUACAGCUUUGAGAUGGCAAUGGAUGCUAUGUGCAGGAUUGCCUAUGGUCACGAGAAGAGUAUGCAAUUUGAUAAUCCAGUAAACGAUCAGAUCAACUAUUUUGUCAGACAUCCGAAUGACUUUCCAGUAAUUAUGUCAUGGAUAUUUCCAGCUGCCUGGAGGUUGUUCUAUGUCAUUCAGAUCAUUGGUUAUGUUAUAACACAAACUGGCAGAGGCGCUGGGGUGUUUAAGGUCAAGAACCUGAUCAAGGAGCGACAAAAACAAAUGGUAAAACAUGUUUUUGUAUGAUGUGUUGAUUAGAUUUGGUUAUGUUUACUGUUUGGAAUAAUAUUUACUGUUGUUAUAAUUUUAAUUUUCUAAGCCAUAUUUACUGAAACAUGAUGUUGACAUAAUUCUUUAUCUCUUUUGAUAACUUGUUCUUUGUUUUACUACGGUAUGUUAUGUUUUAGGCUGCAGGAGAGGAAGGACAUGAAGAUUUCAUCAGUUUCUUCAUGGAGAGUAUGGACAAAGAUAUUCAGAUAGAGAAGACUACAGUUUUUAAUCAAUCAGAAGCCAGAAUCAUCAACAAGAAGCUGACAGAAGGGGAGGUGGAGAACAAUUCAUUGUUGUUUCUGUUGGCUGGGUAAGUAAUUUAGUGUUAUUCUGAUAAAGGUCUUAACAAUCAAAGACUACGACACGUUGUAACAUACAUGUGUAUCUUGUGAAUUGUUUUAACAAAAUUAGGAAGUUACAAACUUACGGGUGUUUACUUUGUAAAGUGAUGUCAGUUAGAAAAAAAAGUUUGAAAUAAAAUGAAAAUUUUAGGCCUGAUGCAAUUGGCAAUACGAACACUUUUUUGAUGUAUUACAUGGCCAAGGAUCCUGAUGUUCAAGAAAAGAUACGAAAAGAAAUUGAAGAAACUUGUGUUGAGUCGGUAAGCUUUUAAAAUAUUUAAAAAUUUUUUUAUUUUAUGGUACUAUAGAAUGUUUCUAUUUGAAACACUGAAGUAACAGAAUAACUAUCUUCAUUUUUAGACGACAACAUUUGAAGAGUUGGGCAAAUUAAGAUAUACAGAAGCUGCCAUCAAGGAGACUCUCAGGCUACAGCCAAUUGCUUCGGGGUAAGAAUCCAUAACCUACUGUAUGUUAAUAUGCAUAUGCUUUAGAAUCUUGACUAGAAGAUGUACUAACGAUACAAAGUUGAGCAAUGGUCUGUUAAUUGAAGCUGGUACUGCAAUUGAGUUGGACAUUCCUUCGGUUCAUCAUAAUAAGGAGAUCUAUGGUGAAGAUGCUGUUGAGUUCCGACCGGAAAGGUAGGGUGUUGAACAUUUGUAUAUUAUACGUUUGGGUAGGGUACAAUAUCUAUUACCUUGGCCGAAAAGCAAACUGUUGGAAAAAGCUAAAGUUUAUAUUGAGAACUAUACUGGGUCGGUUUUGAACAAGUUUUACUGUGACAUUGUAGAUUCCUCGAGAAUUCUUACGCCGACCACUUCUAUGGAUUCGGUGGAGGUCCCAGAAUCUGUAUGGGUAUGAGAUUAGGCUACAUAAUUCAAAAGUUAAUGCUCAUUCGUAUUCUAAAACGAUACCGUAUACGACAAGCGAAAGAUACUGAAGACUUUGAGUACGUUGGGCCAAUGACAUAUUCUAUCAACCAAAUGAAGGUCAUACUGGAAGAUCUCUGA